GCAAAUUGUGAUUCCCAGUGGACCAAUUGGAGGGACCAAUUAUCAACCUCACCACCCCCACCUACAUCUUACCGUCCAUUUUCCUUUUCUUUGAUUCUCAUCCCUCAAUAAUAUCAUUCUUCUCUCUUCGAUUCGCUAACUACAGAGUCAGCAAAGCAGGACUCCAUCGCCGAAGCAAACCCUAGCUCACGCCUUGUCUUUUCCCUGUUAGGUAGCUAAAAUGUCAACUCCAUCAAGGAAGAGACUGAUGAGGGAUUUCAAGAGGUUACAACAGGAUCCUCCUGCUGGUAUAAGUGGUGCUCCUCAAGACAACAACAUCAUGCUUUGGAACGCCGUUAUAUUUGGUCCUGAUGAUACUCCUUGGGAUGGAGGUACGUUUAAAUUGACGCUUCAAUUCUCCGAGGAUUAUCCCAACAAGCCACCAACAGUGCGAUUUGUUUCUCGCAUGUUUCAUCCAAAUAUUUAUGCAGAUGGAAGUAUAUGUUUGGAUAUACUGCAAAACCAGUGGAGUCCAAUAUAUGACGUUGCAGCUAUACUUACAUCCAUUCAGUCAUUGCUGUGUGAUCCAAACCCUAAUUCUCCUGCAAACUCGGAAGCUGCUCGGUUGUUCAGUGAGAAUAAGCGGGAUUACAACCGAAGAGUUAGAGAAGUUGUGGAGCAGAGCUGGACUGCUGACUGAUACCAUGGAAGAGAGAUGAUUGCAACCUCAAUCAGGAGCUUUGAGGGCUCGUCUAUGUAACACAUUCAUUCUGGUCCUAGUAUAGUUGCUUGAUGCUACUCCCUCAAUUGUUGUUUGCUGCGUUUGCAUCGAUAAGCUCCUGUAAAUUAUGAACUCCGGUAUUGUAUUUGCUUAGAAUGUGUUAGUUGUUUUUCCAACAAAGAUGGUUUUCAGAUACUUUCAUUUUCCCCUCAAACUUUGGAUUUUACUUGUAAGCUAUGCCGACCUGAAUAGACCAGCAAUGUGUGUUCAUAUAUUCAAGCGAAGAAUAAGCAACGGGCAUUUCCCGAGCUUUUGGAUCAAA